GAGGACAGCUGCGCUUAUUAACACCACAGAAGAAGAGGACAGCUGAUCUUAUUGACACCAAAGAAGAAGAAGAGGACAGUCCUAGAACCACUUCCUGUCUGAUGUGAAUCUUUACUAAUGGUCCUGCUGUAAUCUGACAGGUAGACAGACAGCUAAAAAGACAGGUUGAGAUGGGGAACAGUGCUCUGAAGUCUCACCUGGAAACGUCCCAGAAGACUGGGGUUUUCCAGCUGACAUCGAAGGGGCUGCAGGAGUUUCCGGAGGAGCUACAGAGACUCACAGGGAACCUGCGGAUGGUGGAUCUAUCUGGAAAUAAGAUUGAGGUUCUUCCAGCCGCCAUCGGAAACUUCCUGCAGCUGAAGAGUCUGACCCUGAACUCGAACAGACUAACCAGCAUCCCCGCUGAGAUCUCUAAGCUGAAGAAGCUGGAGACUCUGAUCCUGAAUGGGAACCGGAUUCAGCAAUUUCCCCCCACCCUGGGCCAGCUCAAAGCUCUGCGGACCCUUAGCCUUUCAGGGAACCAAAUCUCACAGUUUCCCUCUGGACUUGGAACCCUGAGGCAGCUGGACCUGUUGGACCUGUCCCGCAACCAUAUUCAGAACAUCCCUUCAGAGGUGUCAGAGCUGCAGGCCAUUGAGAUAAACCUCAACCAGAAUCAGAUCUCUGUGCUGCCUGCAGAAGUGUCCCGAUGCCCCCGUCUGAAGGUCCUUCGUCUGGAGGAGAACUGUCUGGAGCUGUCCUCCAUCCCUGGGUCCAUCCUGAAGGACUCCCAGGUGUCUCUGUUGUCAGUGGAGGGAAAUCUGUUCGAGGUGAAGCAGCUCAGAGAUCUGGAGGGCUACGAACAGUAUAUGGAGCGUUACACGGCCACCAAGAAGAAGUUUACCUGAUGACUGCAGCGAGUCUGAACCUGAAAGCGGCACACAGUGGCGGAGUCAGUUGAGACUCUGCCCAUGCUGAUGUUUCUUCUUCUGACGUCACUCAGCCAGGACAACAAACCCCGCCUCCUGCAACCACCAUCCCUAAGAUCUCCUGACCCCCUGUGACUUCAGAGAGAGAGAGAGAGAGAGAGAGAUGCAGACUUUUGUUCCCAUGGAAACAGAUGGAACAAGGAAUAAGAAGGAUUUACCACAGAAGAGGAAGAGUUUGUCCAGCAGAAAGAUCAGACAGAAACUUUGACAUAAUGUUUGUGUUCUUAAAUUAUUUUCUGUAACAUUUAAUCUCAUUUAAAACAAUUAAAACUCUUCAGUCUUCAGUCUUUAACGUACAAUAACAGAAAUCUGUGUUGAUGUGAUUUGCAGUUUAGUUUGAUAUAAUUCACUUCCUCUUUAUUACCUUCACCAUCAUCAUCAUGUCCUACUCUGUAAAAAACUAAACUUUGUUGUCGAUUUGAAUGUGAAUAUUACUGACCUCUGAUGGAAACAAAUUACUUUUUGAAAAUAUAACACUAAACUAACAAAUUAGGAAUUAAUAAUCCUAACCUACAGUUUUGAAGAUUGUUUCAUCACAGGUUAUAAAACAAUAAUGAUCAACUUUUACAUGAUUAUCAAUGAUCUGUAUAAUCUUGAUUCUUUGUUGUGGUGUCAUCAUUGUUUUACAUGAGAUCUGACACGCCACCAGAUGGCGGUCAUACACAA